CUAAGUUGCCUGGGUGACUCGGCAGUCUGGAAGAAAUAAACCAGAUGUCCUGUGUCUCUCCCAUAUUUUCUGACUUUUACCCGCUCUUUCUCACUACUCCGAUAUUGCUCUGAGACUGCGGGGGAAGGAAAACCAAAUGACUAUGGUAAUAAACUAAAAAUGGCUGAAGAAGACCCUGAGUUGGAGGAACCCUGUGGGUCUCUAACCGAGCCCAAGGAAAAACAUGAUCCAUUAUUUAUUGAGGAAGAUGAUGAAGAGUACUUUGAAGACUGUUUGGAGGAGAUCGAGGCUGCCCUUGCUCUUCCGGGUGAUUCAUUGUCCUAUUCUCAAAAAUGUCAGGAAACUUUAAAUGCUGAAUUUAAUAUACUUAUGAGACAAAUGCUGGCACAGCUAGAUGAAUUUGAAACCACCCAUGAGACCAAAUCUACUCUACCAGGUUUAUUUGCAGAAAGAAAGAAUUUAACAUAUUGUUUCAAGGAUAGUGGCGAAUAUGAAGACUGUACUCCAGACACAGCAGAAGCUAUGGCAGUAGCUGAGUCUGAAGGUGGCACUGUUGAAACAGGACCAGAGCUAUCUGCAACCACGGCGCUAAAGGAGCUGGGAACAACAUUCGAGAGCUGCAUUGAGGAGGUGAGCCGACUAGAGCGCAGGAAAGAGGAGCUGGUGCAGGAGCUUCUGGAGCUGGAGAAGCCGAUGGAGGAGGAGACUCAUGCUCUGAGGAGUGAGCUAGAGGAAGCCCAGAAGCUCCUGUCCAAGGCCAGCCUGCAGAAACACAAUCUGCUGGAUGAGAUGCGACUCUUCAGGAGACGUUUGUUCGUUGCUGCCAGGGAAUGUGCACAGAGCCAGAUGACACUGAUCAUACAGCAGAAAGAAGUGGAGCAACUAAAAGAAGAACAGAAGGAGAUGAAGGCCCUUGUGGACAAGCUGAUUGAAGACAUUGAUCAGCUUCAUUCUGAACAUCAAAGCCAAAUGCAGGCUCUACAAAAUCAAAUAGAAAACAUGACCCACGAAUCCAGCAAGGACAAGACUCACUCAUACCUGUCCCAAGGCCGGCGUGCGUCCCUCGACUUACAGCAGUACUUGCAGGGUGGAAUCAAAGCACUGGAAGAAUGGUAUGAGCCCAGAUUGGUGGCCUUACUGAAGAGAAGACAAAGCUGCACAACUGCUUUAAUAAAAUACAGGGAGCAGUGCCAAGAACUAAAAGCUCAGCUUGGGCCACUGAAAGAGGAAGAGCAGAGGUUAGGACUAGAGAAGGUCCGAUUGAAGGAGCGUAUUCUUCUGAUGGAGAAUCAGAGAAGAGAAAACGUGGAGCAAUACCGUGAAACAAUAGACCGUCUAGAGGAGAGCAGCCGGGAGCUGAAGACUGAACUUCAGAUACAAAUUAAUAAGAUAAAAGAGAUGGAAGAACUCAAGAACAAUCUGGCCAAGCAACUAUACUUCUACAGAGAGAGCAUAGAGGGACAGCCACAGAAAAUCUUACUGAUGGAAGAGAAAACUUGAUUGAAGAUGAACGUGACCGACAUUGCACAGUUUGCAAUUAGCAAUAGAAUUUCUUCUUGGUGCUUUUACACCACAACCUGUUUAAUUCUUUAAUGUAAAUUAUCUCUAAUUGCACUGCCAUAACUUAACCAUCAUAAACAUGCAUGUGGGUUCCCUUGUAUAAAUAUUCCAAAGAAGGCAGAAGUAGUAUGAAAUGUACCAGCACCACUCAGCCUCUCUGCAAGGAAUGUGUGAUGGACAUUGCCCAGAUUUUUAUCUGCCCACUUAAGCAACUCAGAACUUUCUAGAUGCUCCUACAGUGUUAACAGGUAUAUGACACAGAGUGGAGGAAAUAAAGCUUUUAUACACACAGGCUGAGUGCUAACGACUUGCCUUUAUGAACACAAAUAAUAUGAGACAGGAGCCAACAUGUACAUAUUAGGGCAUGAGGGUAGAACAUGCUCUCUGAUUGAUGCUAAACAGGUUUGGAUAAACCUCAAUAUGACGACAAGCACUUUAUUAUAAACAAAAAUGUUUGGGCCAAAUGGUAUAAUCAUUAUUAUGGCUGAAUCAUUUCGAUGAAAAACAGUUUAUUCUCAACAUUCUGUACAACAGUGUGGACAAAGACAGACACUGGAAACAAAAAACACACAAAAUGACUAAGAAUAUUAGACAAUAACAUGACAUUACACCAUUGUUGAGAGAAAAGUACAAAAUUAAGAGUACACAAGCCUCCCUGUGGACCCUUUUAACAUUUUCUUGAAAGACUCAGCCGUGUAAAAAUAAUUCUAAAAUAAGUCACCUACUGACAACCACCACAAUUCGACCAUAGUAAUUAGGUAUGUGGAGCGAAGUGUUAGGUUUUGCACCCUUUCACUUUUCAAGCCCUAUGGCUAUGGAAUAAAGAAAAAAAAAAAAAAAAA